AUGAAGGCUAGUGGACCCAUUGCCGUACAACUCAUGGCGCAAGGGUUGUACAUCCACUCAACGAUACCGCUGUCUGAGAAAGAAGACGAAAUGCAGGAGAUGCCUAGAAAGACGGCCAGUAGCACGUAG